UCCGGCUACUGAGAGGCCGUACACAUUUAAGGACUUUGUUCUUCACCCACGGAGCCACAGGUCCCGAGUGAAAGGGUUCCUCAGGCUCAAAAUGACGUACCUGCCCCAGAGCCACGGCCAAGAAGAUGAUGGCACAGAGCAGGCGGAGGAGCUGGAGCCCGGCUGGAUUAUCCUGGACCAACCGGAAGCCUCUUGCCAGCUCGAGGAGCCGGAGGCCUCCCUCCCGCCAGGCUGGGAAGAGAGGCAAGACCUGCUCGGCAGGACCUACUACGUCAACCACGAGUCCAGGAGGACGCAGUGGAAAAGGCCGACUCUCCAGGACGGCAGACCUGCCGCGGAGAGCGACCGUACUCACCUGGAAGCCCAGCACGCCUUCGCCCACCGUCACCAGAUCACAGAGGAGUCCGAGGGCCUGGACAACGGCGAAUCCCCAGAG